UUGAUAGUAAUUAUUCUGCUGUGUCGACGCACUUCAGACGAACACUGAUGGUUUGCGUUGAUAAUGCGCGAAAUAUUGGUGACUGUUUUCUAAGUUCUUGAUAUAACGUUUACAGGGUGUACUCCGUCUUGAAAUUUUUAUAAUCCAGACAAUACUUCUUGGUGCGCUUUUGCGAUGUCAGUGAUUUCAAUUUCGGUCGCAGGUGUAUUUUGCAAAGAUGCUACAGUCACAUCAAUUAACGCUUCGGCAGUUUUUACGCGCGAAAGUUGAGUGAAGUGAACGGUGCGUAGUAAGUUCGACAGGCGCAUUUCAAACUCGCACGUACACUGAUUAUUGACAUAAAAGCUAGUGAUUUGAUCUACCAGAAGAAAACAUUGGGUGAUUUUUCGGUGAACUUCCAUCGCUUUCCCGGAUGGAUCUGGAAAAACGAUUGAAUACGUUUAUUUUUCCGGAAGCUGUGGACGCUGGCUGUUUCGGAGAUGACGUGGAAAAGUUCGUCAGUUUCGAAAUUAAACGCCACCCAGGCAAGCAUCAAUUUUGUUCUGACGCGACGUUUGGUGACAUUACGUUGCAGAAAACGACAGGCCUACACUUCAAUCUGCCAGUUUUUGUUAAGACGCGUAACAGGUCUGAAUUUCCACCGAGAGCUGAAGCGGACGCUAUGUUCCACAACGAGAUAUUUUUCUACACGAAGAUUGUUCCUAUUCUCCGAAGAUACGACGAAUUCAACAUCCUUUCUACAAGCUUUCCAGAGUUUGUGUGCGGAAAAAAGACCAGCGGUCAGAAUCCUGAGGAUGACGUGAUAGUCUUGAAAGAUCUCCGCCAGAGAGGUUUCCGGUCAUGCGGACAACGGCAUUUCGAUGAAAAUCAUCUUUCGUUAGUGUUAGAUCGAUUGGGAAAAUUCCAUGGGCUAUCGUUGUUGUGGCAGAUGGACAAUCCAACUUUAUUUCAAGAAGUAACUGCUCGGAUAAAAUUAAUCAGCGAGGCAAAAUUUUGGGCCGCUUUGGGAGGCAUUCAAUCCAAAGAGGUUUUCAGGCAGUGCAUGUUUCGAGGCGUUGACCCUCUCCGCGAGGAACCAAAAUACCGGAACCAAUUGACGGAUCUGUGCGCCAGUUUCGAGGAUGCUGAUGAGAGGAUGGACGCCCUGGCCGACGCCUCGGGGCCUUUGACCGUGCUCGCCCACGGGGAUUUUCACGCCAGCAACGUCAUGUUCAAGUACGGAGCCCAUGGUAAACCCAUCGAAGUUGCCUUUUUCGACUUCGGCACCAUCAAGCUCUGCUCACCCGCCAUAGAUCUUUGUCAUUUCCUCCUCGUCAGUGUAUCGCCGCAAAUGAAACAGGAUCGCUGGGGCGAACUCCUCUAUCAGUAUUAUGGCGCUCUGAGUCAUCAAAUAGGAGAUGAUCUAUGGAAACCUUCGUUCGAGACAUUCGAUUUGGAUCUUCGUAGGAAAGGGGUCCAUGCCUACUACGUCAUCGCGGCGAUCCUGCCGGCAGUGAUGAGCAUCAACGAGGGGACUGAAAUCCCCCGACCACCGAAAUCAGUAAAAAGGGACCAAACGGCACUGAACGAGGAGAUGGAGGCUUACAUGCGGAAUAUGAAAGAGUUGGGAGGUACCUUUGUUACCGAUCUGCUAGCUGAAAUUGUCAGGCAUAUGAUCGAUAAAAAAUUCAUUUUUUGAACAUUGAAUCGUCAAAAUGAGCCUUUUUGAUUGUGUAAACUUUUAUGACAAAGGAGAUUAUGGGCACGAAGCUGUCUCUCUUCUCCUGAGGAUAAUUGAAGAUUUUCAUUGCUGUUUUUAUUGAUUUGACGAGUCCUUUAUUUUUAGUGAUUUUUAGAUUUUUAAUAUUUAUAUAAUUUAUUGUGCUCGAUACUGGAUGGCCCGACAAGUAGGGCUAUACCCUAGUCGUUCGUAGAAAAAGGAGAAGAAGAAAAGGAGGAGGAGAUCAUAAUUAGGACCGCGUUCAGCAGAACAGAACCAAGCCACAUCAGCUAUUGGCAAAUUUGACUGAGCAAUGCAAUUUUUUAUGAGAGAAUGUUUGUGCGGAUUUCUUUGAAAAUUUCAAAGAGUCUGCUUUGAACUAUGCAGAAUAUUCACUGAAAUUUGCCCCCAAAAAAAUCUGCAGAACCGUUUUCAUGUAAAGAGUAUAUUGCUCACUUAAAUUUGGCGAAAGGUGAUGUGGCGCGGUUUCUCUCUACUAGUCGCGGUCCAUUUAUGUCAUGCUGAAUUUAUGAAUUUAUGGCCUCUCUUUUUAAAGGGCAACAACGGGUUCAUAGCAAGGAAUAAUGACCGAACUCAAAGCAAAGCUGAGGAAAGGGGCAAACGAAGAGAGCGAAUUCGACUUCAUUUGGCAAUAAGGAACUUCUAUUUCGAGCUCAUUCAAAUCACUUAUCUUCAUAGGGAAACUUAGGGCAUUAACGUUGUUUACAAAAUCGGCCAGAAAUAUAAGUUCCUUAUGGCAAAAUGUUCUCCAAUUGAAUCAGUCACUCAUGAGUCAUGGAAUGUGAGAAGAGAUCCUGAAAAAAUUCUUUUGGGGCUAAUGGUCUCGCUCCCAAACUAAAAUUAAUUGUGCUGCAUUUUGCAAUUUGGACCUAUAAAUUCCGGCCCGGUUUAAAAACAACGUAUGUGCCAUUAGUUUCCCUAUGCACAUAAGUGUUUUUCCAGAAGAGCCAGAAUUUAUAGUUCCAAAUUGCAAAAUGCAGUCCAAUUAUCCUCGGGUGAUGAUUUUUGUCCUCGGAUGACGAUUCAUUUUUACUGGGAUUUGUAAGGUAUAAUUACACUACCGGAUGCAAAACAUCUUCAAACCAAAAGUAAUAAACAAUUUUCUAGAACACGGUU